AUGACUCAAGCAUUCUUUGGCAAGUACUUUCCCCACCACAAAACAACUGCAUUGAAAAAGCAAAUCUCGUCUUUUACUCAAAAGGAGAGUGAAACUUUAUAUCAAGCGUGGGAAAGGUACAAAGAAUUGCAAGCCCUCUGCCCCCAUCGCGGUUAUGAAAGUUGGCGCAUUAGCAGUCCUAGUGAGGAAGUUGUGGAAAACCUAGCUAGAAUACCUUUCCCUCAAGCUUUCAAGUCCACUUCGAAAUCAACAGGUCAGCAUAAUGAAAUCCUAGAACACCUCAGACAAGUAAAAAGCAAUUUGCCUAUCUUGCAUGUGAUCUCCCAAGUUCCUACAUAUGUUAAAGUCCUUAAAGACUUAUGCACUGUGAAGAGGAAACAUCAUGUGAAGAAAAUCGCUUUCCUGACCGAGCAAGUGAGUGCUAUGAUAGAACAAAGGAUCCCACCAAAGUAUAAAGACCCUGGUUGUCCUACCAUUUCUUGUGUCAUUGGGAGCCGUGAGUUUGCACAAGCCCUUCUUGAUUUAGGAGCUAGUGUCAACCUCAUGCCCUAUGCUAUAUACUUGUUGAUAGGUCUAAGAAAGAUGAAACCCACCUCAAUUGUGCUACAGUUAGCUGACCGAUCCACCAUACGACCAAGGGGAGUAGUUGAGGAUGUGUUAGUUCAAGUUGAUAAAGUUUACUAUCCCGUUGAUUUCUUGGUAUUAGAUGUGAAGGUUGAGGUGGAUAUUAACUCUAAAAUCCCUAUUCUACUUGGUAGACCUUUCCUUGCUACAGCUAAUACUCUUAUCAAUUGCAGGAAUUGUUUGAUGAAGUUGACAUUUGGAAAUAUGACUCUAGAAGUCAAUAUUUUCCAUAUCACCAAACAACCUACGGAAGAAGAUGAAUGUCAUCAAACCUACAUGAUUGAUGCACUCACUCAGGAGAAAGCACCCACAACAAUUGAUUAUGAUCCUUUGAACUCUUUUAUCCUAAAUUCUGAAAUUUUAUAUGGUUUUGAUGUUAAUGAGUAUGCUAACAUUUUUGCUAUUUUUGCAAAAUUGCAAGACCACAGGACUUCACCAUGGCAACCUAAGUUUGAAGAAUUGCCAGAAAGGACUAGAGGACAGAAGCCAUCAAGUAUUGAUAGCCCUAAGCCAGAAUUGAAACAAUUUCUUAAGGGACUGAAAAUGUGUUCCUUGGACCAGAUUGAGUUUCAGGAUCUUAAUUAUGGACAUUAUGUUUUUGCAUUUGGGAAUCAUCUAAUAGACUAA